AUGCGUCUUCAAGCUUUGUUUUUCUUGGUUUUCUUGGCCAUCAUCUAUGAAAACCAUUGCGAAGAAGCAACUACAUUAGCAGCGGCCGAAGAAGUUGCAGAUGAUAAAAAAGAUGCUGAUGUGGCCGCACCUGCGAAAUCUGAUGUUAAGAAGGAAGACGAUGAAGAAAAGUCACAAGAUAAGGUCGAAGAAAAAACCGAUUCAUCAGAAAAGAAACCAAUCAAAUCCAAUAAUGGCAAAAAGGCCAAAUCUCCCGGAAAAAAGAAACUACGUGGAAAAUCGCCAGAUUACCUUGGUCGUAUGUAUAUCUAUUUCCCAAAUAAAGCUACAACUGGUAAAAAACCAAAACCAACGAAAGUUACGUUUCCCGUUGCUCGUUAUGAUCGUCGUCGAUUUCCUAAAUUCGGUCCACUCUAUACUUUUCUUCCUUGGUUGCCAAUCUAUGUUGAACCUCGAUCAAAACAAACUAUUAUCUAUUCACCAGUUGGCGGUGUUUAUAUUCUUCCACCAGUAGUUAACUUCUAUGGCGAUAUUUAUUCAGUUGCUGAACUUAUUGCAAACGGUUAUGCAAGUUUAGUUAGUACCGGCGCUCCACCACCACCUUCUGUUGAUGUUUCAUCGUUGGUACAAACUGGUUCAUUCGGCGGCACUAGUGGACCAACUGUAAAUCCAAAUACUGGUGGAUUUACUGGAGCUGUUACAAGUGAUAUUCGCGGAUAUCCAGCUACAUCUUUUUCAUAUCCAUACGGAGCAAAUUAUGGUUAUCAACAGCAACAGCAAAAUGCAGGAUACUAG